AUGACCCUGGAGAACCAGACCAGAGAGGUCAAGACGUCUGAGUCCGAGCGCUCGCUGACUGAGCAGAGGAAGACAGCGCUUCAGAAGAGCUCAGAGAUUCUGGACACCAGCGGAUCCCUGAAGAACCACACAGAAGGGCUGGUGUUUAGCGCCAGUGAAGUGACCAGCAGGUUGAGUCUGGUUAGAGCGAGCGUUCAGAACGUCACACAGCUGCUCCCAGAAGCCCUGAACAUCCUGAGAAACCUCCCUAAUGGCAGCAGAGCUGAAGUCCUGAAGGCGAAGCAGCAGCAGGAAGCAGCGAAUGCAUCUUUACAGGAAGCUCUGGAGCGUCUGGAGGAUUAUCGUGUGAAGCUGCAAGAGUCAUCUUCUGCGGUGGGCUCGGCUAAUAACAGCAUCAGGAGCACUAACCAGCUAGUCAGAGACUCAGAGGAGACUGCCAGCGCAGCCAGAUCCAGACUGAGCGAGGCUCACCUGAAGACCGAGCGUCUGUUCGACCGUCUGAAGCCCCUGCAGACGCUGGGAGAGAACCUGAGCAGAAACCUGUCGCAGAUCAAAGAGCUGAUCCAUCAGGCUCGCAAGCAGGCGGCGUCGAUUAAAGUGGCUGUUUCUGCGGAUAAGGAUUGCGUGCGAGCGUACAGACCAGAGGUGAGCUCCAGUAACUUCAACACACUCACGCUGACCAUGAAGACCAGCGAACCGGACAGCCUGCUCUUCUACAUGGGCAGCAGCGCCAGCGAGGAUUUUAUGGCUCUGGAGAUGCAUCAUGGGAAGGUGUCCUUCCUGUGGGACUCUGGCUCUGGACUCACCAGACUGGAGUAUCCUGACGUUCAGAUCAACAACGACCGGUGGCACAGGAUCAACGCGACGCGGUUCGGGAGACACGGGACCCUCACCAUCCAGCAGACGGACUCCGAGCCGCUGCCUGCAGUGAAGACCACAGCGUCUGGGUCCUCCACCGUGAUGGACGUCAGCAGAUCCACCUGGGUGUUCGUCGGGGGCCUCGGUGCUCAGGUGAAGAAACCCCCAGCGGUGAGAAUGACCCACUUCAGAGGCUGCAUGAGCGAAGCGUCACUCAACGAGAACAACAUCGGCUUGUGGAACUACGCUGAGAGACAGGGAGAGUGCGGCGGCUGCUUCAUGAGUCCGCGCACUGAAGACACGUCGUUCCACUUCGACGGCAGCGGUUUCUCUGUGCUGGAGAAGUCCCUGCGCUCCAUGUCCACCAGCGUGGUCAUGUUCUUCAAGACUCUGUCUCCAAACGGCCUGCUGCUGUAUCUGGCCUCCAACGGCACGAGAGACUUCCUGUCCAUCGAGCUGGUGGAAGGGAAGGUUCACUUGACCUUUGAACUGGGCUCCGGAGCACUGAUCUUGACCUCCAGCAGAACAUACAACACCGGCACCUGGUACAGAAUCGCCCUGCAGAGGAACAAGCGCCGAGGUCAUUUGUCGGUCAUGGCCGCUGAUAAACCCUCAGAGCGAGAGGUCAUGGAGGCGGAGUCACCGGGUUCGGCCUCUGACCUCAAUCGCUCUGACCUCGACCCCAUCUACAUCGGUGGAUUACCGGCCUCUCGACCAAUCAGGAGGCAGGUUGUGGCUCGCUUUUUCGUCGGCUGUAUGAAGAAUGUGGAAAUCGCUCGCACAAACUUCGACCUGCUCAGAGAGUCGUAUGGCGUGAAGAAAGGCUGCGUCCUCAAGCCGAUCCGCAGCGUGUCGGUGUUCGGCGGAGGUUUUCUGGAGAUGCCUGCCGUCCUCUUGACUCUUCAGGCGGAGAUCAUGAGCAGCUUCUCCAGCAGACGAGAGCGAGGAGUGAUCCUGGCGGGAUUCAGCUCACACCGACACACACAGCAGGUCUGUUCAGUCUUCACAGCAUCGCUGCUGGAUCUGUCCUCUGCUCUGCGCUAUGAGGACGUGGACAUGAACAGCUGUUUGCUGGAGGAGAGACCCAAACGUGUGGUUCUGCCUGAUCAGCUGGAGGCGGAGCCGACCUCUGACCCCUCCACGCGACCCCUAUCACCCCCGGCGGAGCUGAGCACGCUCACACACGGCAGCAGCAGC